CGGGCUCGAGUUCGACUUGGCUACUCCGGCUCAGACCCAGACACCGACCCGAGAAGCCCAACCCAUCUCCCUCCACCUCUCCGCCGACCCCUCCGAUUCCGGCUGCCGGCCGCCGGGGAGCAGCAGCAGCAUGCCGCCCAAGCGCGGGCGGGGCCGCGGAAGGGGCCGGGGGCGCGGGAGGCCGCGCAGGGAGGCCCCGGCCGCGGACGAGGCGAGCGGCGGGGGCACCGACGACGACCUAGGUCUCGCGGCCAUCCCCUCCGCCUCCACCGCCGAGGAGCCCAGGCGAGGGCGCGGGCGGGGUAGGCGCGGCAGGCGCGGCCGGGGGAGCCGCGGGCGCGGGCGAACGCCCGCCGUCAAAGCAGAGGAGGACGACGAUAUGGAGGCCAGCGAGGAGUUGCCGCUGAAUUCUACCUUGGACGGCGACGCAAAGGAGGUUGACGAGGAGUUGCCGCCUCCUUCUACCGCGGAGAACGGUGUGGACAAGGGCAACGAAGAGAUGCCACCACAGGAUUCUGCCGAGGAGAAAGACGCACAAGGGGGAACGCAGAACUUGAGACCAGCAAGAAAACGCAAGUGGGAUCCUGUUGCUGACCCCUCUUCUCUUGAGCCUCGCCCUGCGCGAGUUAGGAAGACGCUGAAUCCUCCAGUAGUAGAUGGUUCACCUAAGGUGAAAGCUAAGGUGCAAGCUAAGGUGAAAGCUAAGAAUACAAAAAGGUCAGAUGGAACUUCAACCAUGUGUCAUCAGUGCCAGAGGAGGGACAAAGGGAGAGUUGUGCAGUGUCUUGGCUGCAAAGACAAAGACUACACGAGGAGAUACUGCAUGAAGUGCAUAGAUCGCUGGUAUCCACAUUUAACAGAAGAUGACUUUGUGAAUAGUUGUCCAUCUUGUCGCAAUAACUGCAACUGCAAAACCUGUCUACGGAAAAACAUAAUAAAGAAGGUUGACAAAUGGGAAGUAUCCAAAGAAGAUAUAAUCAAAUUCUCUCAUCGAAAUCUUCACUUCUUGCUCCCAUGGUUGAAAGACUUUCACCAUGAGCAGAUGCAAGAGAAAAGUAUUGAGGCAAUGAUUAAAGGUGUUGAUGCAUCUGAAGUGAAGGUUACUCAAGCGGACUGUAAAGAAGAUGAGCGGAUAUACUGUAACAACUGCAGAACAUCUAUAGUUGACCUCCACAGAAGCUGUGAUAAAUGUUCCUAUGAUCUCUGCCUCAGCUGCUGCCGGGAGCUUCGUGAUGGACUUAGUCCUGGUGCUGCUGCUGCAAAUAGCAUGGUCCUUACGCAACCUGGGGUAGAAGGCACAGAAGAUCUGCAACAGAGUAGUCACGAUAACAUUGCAAGUCCAAAGCCUUCUGAUGGACAGAAUAACGUUUUGAUGGACAAUGCAGUUCCUGUUAACAUUGCAAGUCCAAAGCCUUCUGAUGGACAGAAUGAUGUUUUGAUGGACAAUGCAGUUCCUGUUGAGGAUAAUGUUCCUGGUUUGAAACUAUGGAGGGUGAAUAGCAAUGGAAGCAUAUCUUGCCCGCCAAACGCUUUUGGUGGCUGUGGAGAUUCUGUUCUUGAACUUAAGUCAUUGUUGGAGGAGAAUAUUAUUUCUGACUUAUUGGAGAAAGCUGAUUUAGUUGUCAAGGAUGAAAGAACGCUGGAAGCGGGUGGUUCAAAAUGUUCCUGCUUUACCGACUCUAGUGAGAUGACCAAUGGAACCUCAUAUAAAUUGGCUUGUAGAGAUAACUCAAGUGACAAUUACAUAUAUUGCCCAAAUGCUAGAGAUGUUCAAAAUGGAGCUUUAGAUCAUUUCCAGGAGCACUGGUUGAAGGGUGAGCCUGUUAUUGUUCGUGACGUGCUUGAGUUAACUUCCGGGUUAAGCUGGGAACCUAUGGUUAUGUGGCGGGCUUUACGAGAAAAGAAAGACAAGAGCGAACAUGAGCGACUCUCAGUUACAGCUCUUGAGUGUCUGGCGUGGUCUGAGGUUGAAAUAAACACUAGCUUCUUUUUUAAUGGGUAUUCCCGUGGAGCUGUUGGUCCAGAGGGUUUGCCUGUGUUACUCAAGCUUAAAGAUUGGCCACAACACAGCUCAUUCGAGGAUCGACUGCCACGACAUCUUGCUGAGUUCAUAUCUGCCUUGCCAUUUCGUGAAUAUACAGAUCAUAAAUCUGGUCCUCUUAAUCUGGCAGUGAAGCUUCCAAAGAAAGUCAUAAAGCCAGAUCUUGGUCCAAAGACUUACAUUGCGUAUGGUGUUGCCCAGGAAUUAGGAGUUGGUGAUUCAGUCACUAAGAUUCAUUGUGACAUGUCUGAUGCGGUGAAUAUCUUAACACAUACUGAUGAAAUAAAGCUCAAAGCACAAAGGAUUGCAGCGAUUGAGAAAAAGAAGAAGAGUUUGGCAAGAAAGGAAGACAACAGAAAUCUUCAAGCUUCACAUCCUGACUGUGACAUGUCGAUAGCUCGCAGUGAAUUAAUGAAGGGGCCGAGACCUGAAGGAUCUGGGCAUGUCUCAGUCAUUAAGCAGCCAUUAUCAGAUGCUGUUUUAGACGAGCAUAAAGAUGUGGCAGCUGAUGAAGCUGAACAAAACAUCACUUCGAAUGGGCGAGCGCCCAUUGAAGGUGAUGUGGAUCAUAUGGAUCUUUCCAUUUCCAAGGAGGCAGCAGAAGCCACAGUUAAUGAGAGAGAGAAUGUGGGUUGUGGUUUAAGCAGUGAAGAUAAAAGUGAAUCUCCAGAUAAUUCAGAAGGAUCUUCUGAACCUAAUGGUCGUCAAACACACGGCGUGCGACGUAGCGGUCGUUCUUCUAAUGCAUCAAAGAGAAAAGUGGAAGAAAGCUCAGAAGAUGAGGUGAAUGGAUCCAUAACUCUUGAGAAAAGAAAAAAGGAAGCACCAAAGAGAAAAAAGGGAGCGCCAAAGAGAAAGAAAGAAGUGCCAGAGGGAAACCAAACAGGGGGUGGUGCAUUGUGGGAUAUAUUCCGACGGGAAGAUGUCAGCAAACUACAGGAGUAUCUAAUAAAGCAUUCAGAGGAGUUUAGGCAUUACAAUUAUGAACCAGUGAAGCAGGUUAUUCAUCCUAUACAUGAUCAGUGCUUUUACCUAACAAAUGAGCACAAGAGAAAACUCAAGGAAGAAUAUGGAGUUGAGCCUUGGACAUUUGAACAGAAACUUGGUGAUGCAGUCUUUAUCCCUGCAGGAUGUCCCCACCAAGUCAGAAAUUUGAAGUCAUGUAUAAAGGUUGCACUGGACUUUGUUUCUCCGGAAAAUGUAAAAGAGUGCAUCAAGUUGACAGAAGAAUUCCGUCUGCUUCCAAACUGGCAUAGGGUGAAUGAAGAUAAGCUAGAGGUUAAGAAGAUAGCUUUUCAUGCAAUCAAACGAGCCAUUCGUGAUAUUACCAAAAAAGAUGGCGAUCGAAGCUCCGAUGAUGAAGGUCAAGAUAAACCUGGACGUGGUUCGAGAAAAGUAAAAUCUGGUCGUCUGAAAAAAGUAAAAUCUGGUCGUCCGAAAAGAGGAAGACCUGGUCCAAGUGAACCAGCAGAAGCAGAGGAGCAAGAAGAACAAUCAGCUCAUGGAAUGUCUCCAGUUGAAGACAAAGGUCUAGAAAUGGAGGCGGACCAAGGAGAAUCAGCUCUGGAUAUGUGUGAAGCGAAAGAUGGACCAAGUGUCCGGCGUGGUUUGAGAAAAAGAAAACCUGGUGGUCUGAAAAAAGGAAAACCUGGUUGUCCGAAAAAAGGGAAACGUGGUCCAAGUGAACCUGCAGUUCCAGAGGAGCAUGAAGAGCCAUCAGCUCAGGAAAUGUCUCCAGUUGAAGAUGAAGGUGCAGAAAUGGAGGGGGACCAAGGACAAUCAGCUCCGGGCUUGUCUGAAGCGAAAGAUGGACCUGAAGAAAUGGAGGAGCAACAAGAAGAGUCAGCUCAGGACAUGUCUGAAGCUGAAGAAAUGAAGGAGCGCCAGGAACAUUCAGGUCAGGACAUGUCUGAAGCUGAAGAUGAGCCUGCAGAAGUGGAGGAGCACCAGGAACAUUCAGCUGUGGAGAUGAGUGAAGCUGAAGACGAACCUGCAGGAGUGGAGGAGCAGCAAGAAGAGUCAGGUCUAGGCAUGUCUGAAGAUGCAGGCGAUCCUGCAGAAAUGAAGGGGCACCAAGGACAGUCAGCUGAGGACAUGCCUGAAGUUAAAGAUGGAGCUGCAGAAAUGGGGGAGCGCCAAGAUGAGUCAGCUGAGGACAUGUGUGAAGCCGAAGACGAGCCUGCAGAAACGGGGGAGAGGCAGAAGCAAUCAGCUGGCGGCAUCCCUGAAGCUAAAGGCGAUCCUGCAGAGGCGCAGGAGGAGCACCAGAGACAGCAGGUUGAGGCUACCCUGCCUACAACGGCAUGAGCGGCGGCGCCUGCCUGACUUUGCGCCCGUCGAUCUCUCCGCGGCGUCCUACUUUGACUUGGACAAUGUUUCACCCGUAAGGCUAUGUAUGUUCGAUGUAGCAUUUUGAAGGGAGCGCAGCGACAAGAGACUGCCGAGCUCCCUGACCCCCGAGCUUGUCACCCACCCUGCGCCUCCCUAGUGUUGGUCGCCUGUGGGCUGGGGAAUUGAGGGUGCUCCGUUGGCUGUCUUUCUGUGGGCUGUGAAAGACUGAAUGAAGAGCCCUAAUUAUUUUGGUGGUAGUAGUGCUGAGUGCUGACUGUAUACCUUGUAAGCUGGGACUUACAUAUGAAGCAUGCAUGAUAUCGACCUCUAGCUACCAUAUUACUUACUGGUGGUUUCA